UUUGGAUACAAGAAGAAAGCACUUGUACACAAGACAAUCACACACUCCAGGUGUCUUUAAACGAUAGAACAAGACUCACGAUGCUGACGUUUGUGGCACUUUUUGUCGUAUUUGGAUCUGGAGUUUCAGCUCUAGGAUGUGAGAAAUUAUGGGUACAAUUUGAAAACCAUUGCUAUUAUUCAAAUCAAAUGCCAUUUUCUCAGCGGAAAAGAUUCGAAAAAAAUAGAACAAAUAGUGCAGGCAUGGUUGAAGAGAUCCAGUUACAAUGGGCACCAGCCCAGGCGUCAUGCAAAAGGAGAGGUGGAUAUCUUGUAGAAAUUGAAACCAAAGCGGAAAACGACUUUAUAAAGAAACUGGCACAGAAGGUCAAAAAAGCACCUGUUUGGUUAGGUGGUACGGACGCAGCUAAAGAAGGAUACUGGGUGUGGGGAUCAUCUGGUAAACCAUUAACUUUCGUAGAUUGGAAGAAGUCUGAAAAUUACAGAUAUGGUGAUGAACCAAAUAAUUAUGGAGAAUAUGGUGAAAACUGUAUGCAAUUGUCCGAAUAUGACGACUAUAAUGCGUGGUACGAUGUUCGGUGUCAAAGGUUUAGAGGUUUCAUAUGUGAAAAACCUGCAACUUAAAAGAUGACAUAGACGAACACAGACAAAUAAAGAGAAGACUGUCACAAGAAAUGACUAGCUAUAAAUUGUUUUUUUAGAAAUCAACAAAAACUUAAAGUAUGUGUAUCUGCA